AUGUUGUCUCUUCAUCAACCAGCUCUUCUCAGUACACUCUCCUCCAUGAGGUCCAGGCCUGCAGGACCUCAAGGCAUGGGCAGUGGGGUGCUCUAUACGCAGCUGAAGGCGUGGCAUGCGCAGAGCGAGAAGGUGGCGGUGCCCUUGUUGAAGGUGGGCGGACAGGGUGAGAGCUCCGUAUUUAAGGGCCCUCGUGCUGACAAGUGCCUGAGAUAUGGGCCCCGCAGCAGUCUGUGA